GCCGCAGGCAACUAACAUUAGACAGCUUUUGAAAUAAAUGUAAAAAAACACAUGAAUGAGACGCGCGUGAAACGAAACGGAUAAAAAAAACAAACGUCAACAAACAAUGUCAGUGCGAGUUUGUUUACGUUACGAUUUCUUCGAUUAAUUAAUUUCCGUGUUUAAUUACAUAAAGUACCUCCUUGACACAGAAAUAAUAAGAUAAAAGAAAAUCUUAGUUUAUUGGAUAUUAAAUAUUUACCAUGGAAGACCUUAGAAACAUAUGGAAACCAGAGUUGUAUCGUAUACAAAUGGAAGCCCCUUUACCAAAACGCAUAAGUUGUGAGAACUGUCCCGACAGACCAGAGUUCUAUGGCAAGGAAUACCACGGUAUAAUGGGUCACAAGGAAGCCACUCUGCUGUUAGAAAACGAGCCUAAUGGUGCAUUUUUAAUUAGAAAAGGGAAUCAGUAUAACGAUUUUUACACUCUAACUUGGAGGUUUGAUGAUAAAAUACAUCAUUACAAGCUCUACUACGAUGGAACUCAUUACAUAAAAGAUGAGAGAUACGACACAAUUUAUGACUUGGUGGCCGAUGGACUGGUCACAUGCCAUAUGGAGCUCAAGGCUCACCAGAUUCUGGAAAUGAUAAACUCCAAAGCGAACUACAAGUAUACAGAAAGUCCUUACGUUACUUUAAAUAGGCGAAAACUAGACACGUUGUCUUGGAUACAACAGACAGGUCUACAAAAGCCUGAAAAUGCUGUCGAAGUAGAGAGUAAGCCAGCUGCAGACAGCAACACCUCUCAAAAAACAAUCUUCGACCUGACUCCUUCGUCAGAGGACAACCCUCUGCUCAUCAAGUACUCCAAGUCACACAGCUUUAAGACUCACACAUUCAAGGGUCUGAACUGGUGUGAGCUGUGUGCUAACUUCCUUUGGGGAUUCACAGCCCAAGGGGUGAAAUGUGAAGAUUGUGGGUUCAUAGCCCAUUCAAAGUGCUCAGAGAGAGUUCCAAACCACUGUUUGCCUGAUCUAAAGAAACUCCGGGGUGUUUUUGGGAUAGACUUAACUACGCUUCUCAACGCCCACUCAAGCACUCUUCCUUUCGUGGUUAGGAAGUGUGUCAAUGAAAUUGAGGAAAGAGGCAUGGAUUCCGAAGGGAUUUAUAGAGUUUCAGGCUUUGCUGACGAAAUUGAGGCUUUAAAAAUGGCAUUUGACAAAGAUGGUGAAGCUGCAGAUCUCAGUGUGUACAGCAACAUUAAUGUAAUAGCAGGAACUCUUAAGCUUUAUUUGAGACUAUUGCCCGUUCCUCUCAUUACAUAUGAAGUGCACCCAAAACUUGUUCAAGCUAUACAAAACAAAACUGUAGCAUCUCAAAUUACGAUGUUACGCGAGUGUCUUGAUAUGUUGCCACCUGCACAUUUCAACUGCUUGCAAUAUAUGGUGCAGCAUUUACAUAGGGUAUCGCAACAAGCCGAAGUGAACAAGAUGAGCGCUCACAACCUAAGCACGGUAUUUGCGCCAACUCUCGUGGCGACUCCGCCGGCCAUCACCGAUUUGGCCUUUGAGAUCCGCGCGUUGCAAGCGCUCAUAGAGUACUGUCCACAGAUAUACUAUGGCAACAAGUAGUGUUAACACUAAGUAGGUAUAAAGCAUCUGAAAGGCAGUAGGUGAACUAUGAAACUAGUAAGUUUUACUAAACGUCGCAGAAUCGUCUCGUCAGAGAGAGAACUGAAUAUCGAAAUUGUAUGCAGAUGUUAUGCUAUUAUUUAACAAUCUUUCAGUAGAUUGCUCAAAUGUAUAUUUUUCAGAAACAGUGACAAUUUAUUGUUCAAUUUUUCGAUUUUGUAUUUUUGUUUUAUGUGCCAUUAUUAAGGCCAGAGACUGUAGUAUGUGUUAAAGAUAUUUUGUAGCCAAAUGGUAUUAACAUCAUUAAUUUAACUUUUCAUUAAAAACAAAUUAAUCAAUGCACUAACAGUUGUUAAACUUGCACUAAGCAAAUGAGGCGUAGUUCUUUUUUCUUGUGCUUGUACUUAAUACCUACAUUUAUUUUUAAUUUAAUUUAUGAAAAAUGAAUUAUUUCUUUCAAAAAUUACUUAUUUUAUGAUCUAUAUUUUUAUUUUACUAUACAUACUACUGAACUUUUAAAUAAGUGACUGAAUACAUCGCUCAGUGACCACUGCCUAAUAAUUUUAAGAAGCUGAUAUUUUUCCUGUGCAUUUAUUAUACUUAUUUUACAUAUUAAAAUUAUUAUCAUAAAAUAAUAUCUCAUAAAUAAGACUAAGUAAUUACUAUCUAUCUAUACUAAGGUUACAAAAUCUCACAAAUUAAGUUAAGUUAGUAUUGUGCAAUAUUCAUUAAUGUUAUUGUUCUUUAUUAUUAUAAAAUUGUGAUAUUGGAAAAAUUGGUCUUUUAGAAAGAUUUUCUUUGUUAAACCAUUCCAGGUUGUGUUAUGAAACUACCUACAUAUUAUUAUUUUUGCUGUGUGUUUACUAGA